AAUAAUAUUUUGGUAUAAACAGUUUUGCAAAUGCGGUAAAAAGAUUUUAAAUAAAGAUGAACCCUACUAGUUUGUAUGUUUCAACUUGUAGAUUAAUAAUUUCAGCUGAUGCAAAUGAUAAAAGUUCGUGGUCAGAUUUGUUUCGCGUACUUCCAUAUUUACGGCAAUCAUUAUCGUGUAUCGUGUGUGGAAACUUAUUGAAGGAGCCCUAUACACCGAACUUAGGGUGCCAACAUCACGUUUGCAAAAAUUGCAUACAAUGGAGGAAAAAAAUUAAACCGCCUUGCUCUUGGUGUGCGGACUGCGAGGACUAUACAGAAAACAUUCAGUUACGCAUUCUCCUCCAGUGUUACAAUAAACUUUGUGAAUAUUUUAUGGCCACUGAUAUGUAUAACAGUUUAUUAGAGGAAGAUGAAGUAGAGAUGAACGGUGGCACAGUGGCGAGUUCGGGGCUGAUAUUCUUGAUUCAAGAGGGAGCUGGUUUUUUCGAUGAUUACAGGAGCAAAGCUGGUUUACCCCAGUCUGCAUAUAGCAAAUUACCUUGUGCAUUCACCAAUAUACCAACAACACAAACACAAGUCGCAUCAACAUCAAGUUCGGAAAAUAACACCACUGUCACAAGGAAAGAUGUUAAUGAAACUUCUUCUCCUCCUGCAGAAACAAAUAUAAGAGAAAGCCAAGCAAAGAAGAAGUACAUUCAAUGGGAUCAUAAGAAACCUUCAUACGGCUCCCGGACCUCAGCUAAUAAAAAAAAAGGUUGCAGAUGUGGGUAUUCUUCGCCCGCACCCGGGAUAUUGACGUGUUGCGGCCAGAGAUGUCUGUGCUAUGUUCAGAGGAAGCCAUGUACUGAAUGCAAGUGUAAGGGCUGUAGAAAUCCUCACAGGACUGGACUUACAAAGGGUGGCUUCCACAAAGCUGGAACGAGUGCCGAGGGACCGUCUGGUAACGGAGGAGGACUGGCGGCGCAUUAGAGACAGAAAAAGUUUAUAAUGUAAUUUAUUUUUGAGAGUUUCACAGUCUGUUAAGGAUGUUAGUGCAAGAUUAGUCAUUAAUGUAAGAGUCAAGUGAUUAAAAUAAUCACCAAAUCCUGAAUCUUAAAACUUGGGUAUCUUCAAAAUUAUUUAUAUUUAAAAAAAAAUCUCUUGUAUAUUGAGAGAUUCUUAUUCUUGAUGUAGGGGCUCUGCAGGUCUUCAUGAGGUCCCUUUAUGACGUUGACAGUUUCUGAUCUAUUGUGAUCGCCAUAUGGAAAGAUCACACAUUGAACUGUUAAAUAGUCAGUUCAUAGUCUAUUAUUAUGUAUUUUUUCUAUUUUUAUUAUGUAAUUUAUCUUCGAGAGCUUCACAGUUUGUCAUAGAUGUUAGUGUAAGAUUAGUCAUUACUGUAAGAGUCCAGUGAUUAAAAUCAUAGCUGUUUUAAUCACCAAAUAUUAAAACUUGGGUAUCUUCAAAAUUAUUUAUAUUUUAAAAAAAAUUCUCUUGUAUAUUGAGAGAUUCUUCUUAUUCUUGAUGUAGGGGCUCUGCAGGUCUUCAUGAGGUCCCUUUAUGACGUUGACAGUUUCUGAUCUAUUGUGAUCGCCAUAUGGAAAGAUCACACAUUGAACUGUUAAAUAGUCAGUUCAUAGUCUAUUAUUAUGUAUUUUUUUUAUUUUUAUUAUGUAAUUUAUCUUCGAGAGCUUCACAGUUUGUCAUAGAUGUUAGUGUAAGAUUAGUCAUUACUGUAAGAGUCCAGUGAUUAAAAUCAUAGCUGUUUUAAUCACCAAAUAUUAAAACUUGGGUAUCUUCAAAAUUGUUUAUAUAUAUAAAAAAAACUUCUCUUUUAUAUUGAGAGGUCUGCAUGAGGUCCCUUUAUGACGUUGACCGUUCCUGAUCUAUUGUGAUCGCCAUAUUGAAAGAUUACACAAUGAACUGUUAAAUAGUCAGUUCAUAGUUUAUUAUUAUGUAUUUUUUUUGAUUUUUAUUAUGUAAUUUAUUUUCGAGAGCUAAAUAGUUUUUUAUGGAUGUUAGUGUAAGAUUAGUCCAGUGAUUAAAAUCAUAGCUGUUUUAAUCAACAAAUCUUAAAACUUGGGUAUCUUCAAACUUAUAAAAAACUUCCCUUGUAUAUUGAGAUAUUCUUCUUUUUCUUGAUGUAGAGGCUCUGCAGGUCUUCAUGGGGUCCUUUAUUGACCGUUUCUGAUCUAUUGUGAUCGCCAUAUUGAAAUAUUACACAAUGAACUGUUAAAUAGUCAGUUCAUAGUUCAUUAUUAUGUAUUUUUUUGAUUUUUAUUAUGUAAUUUAUUUUCGAGAGCUUCGCAGUUUGUUAUGGAUGUUAGUGUAAGAUUAGUCAUUAAUGUAAGAGUCAAGUUCUCUUGUGUAUUGAAAGAUUCUUCUUGACUUCUUGAUGUAGCGGCUCUGCAGAUCUUCAUGAGGUCCUUGUAACACGUUGACCUCUCCCGAUCUAUUGUGAUCGCCAUAUUGAAAUAUUACACAUUGAACUGUUAAAUAGUCAGUUCAUAGUUUAUUAUUAUUUAUUUUUUUGAUUUUUAUUAUGAAAUUUAUUUUCGAGAGCUUCAUAGUUUUUUAUGGAUGUUAGUGUAAGAUUAGUCAUUACUGUAAGAGUCCAGUGAUUAAAAUCAUAGCUGUUUUAAUCACCAAAUCUUAAAACUUGGGUAUCUUCAAAAUUAUUUAUAUAUAUAAAAAAAAAACUUCUCUUGUAUAUUGAGAGAUUCUUCUUAUUCUUGAUGUAGCGGCUCUAUAUGACGUUGAUGUUUACGAUCUAUUGUGAGCGGCAUAUUAAAAGAUUACACAACGAACUGUUAAAUAGUCAGUUUAUCUAUCUUGACAAUACAUUAGUAAUGAUUGGCCAAGUGUGUGUCGGGCCAAGUGCAUAAGAAAGGGAUUUGCCAAAAACUUCAAUGUAAUGUGUGUAGUCGUUUAAAUUUUCAAUUUAUAAUUUAUAAUAUAUGGUUGUUAAAUAAGUAUUUACAAAACCCACUAAUCAAAUUUGCAUUUGUGCACAGCACCCUACUAUUUGUCUGGCCCAAUACGACCUUUGCCGGUUUUUGCUAUAUUAGAAAUAUUACUUCAAAAUUACUAUAGAGAUAGUAUUUGAAGAAGACGUACCUAAAUAUUUUGCCAAAUUUUGUACAAAGUUCAAAUUGUAAUGUUUAAAACUUUUAUCUAGAUUUAUAUGUGAUAUAGAUAGUGACCAAAUCUACGUGAGGACAGUUUUAUUGGUGUGUGUCACUUUGGGUAUACUUGUGUCGUGGGACCAUUGGAAUUGUGAUUUUUGAGAGAUGAAUUUUGUGGAUAUUUGAUGGGUAGUAGAAGGUUUUAGAGACAGAAACAGUUUAUUGAACUCGGUACUACUACUAAUCGAAGUAUACUUUCAACUCCUAUUUCACCCCUUUCUAAUUUUAUUUUCGCGGUAAAAAUUAUACAUAUUAUAAGUAUGUAUAAUUAUUGUAUAUAGAUUCAAUGGCGAAGCUACCCAGGGUCUAGGUGGUGCAAUGUCCCGGGGCCUUUAUGCUCAGAGGGCCCUCGAAUCCUUACCAGGAAAUCGCGAUCGAACUCAACUUAAAAAAAAUCGAAAACUUAAAAAUGCUGACGAUAAAGUAGCUUGGCAUAUUUAUGUAUAUGUAUAUAUUUGACGGCCUCCGUGGCGCAGUGGUAUGCGUAGUGGACUUACAAGAUGGAGAUCCUGGGCUCGAUCGAUUGAGGUUUUCUUAAUUGGUCCAGGUCUGGCUGGUGGGAGGCUUUGGUCUAGUUACCACCCUACCGACAAAGAAGUACCGCCAAGCGAUUUAGUUUUCCGGUACGACGUCGUGUAGAACCGAAAGGGGUGUGGAUUUCAUCCUCCUCCUAACAAAUUAGCCCGAUUCCAUCUGAGAUGGCAUCAUCACUUACCAUCAGGUGAGAUUGUAGUCAAGGGCUAACUUGUAAAGAAUAAAAAUAUAUAUAUAUAUAUAUAUUUAAAAUGAUAAAACCGAACCAGUUUAGAUAGUAGUAGGGCCCCAAUUUUUUGUUUGCACCAGGGACCUUGGUUACUUAGCUACGCCAUCGCUUUGUGAAUAUUGUUAUCGAUGUUCGUGUAAGAUAGUCAAUAAUGUAAGAUUGAAAGAAAAGCUUUUGUUGAUCUCCAAAUUUCUCUUUUACACUUUGAACUGUUGAACGGUCAAUUUUAUAGUUUAUUAUUGAGUUUAUUUUUAUAUUGUAAGCCUUUGUUAAAGUCAACAUAAAGUUAUCUUUCAAAAAGACUAUAUUUUGGGUAAAAUAAAAAUUAAAGUAUGUAUAUUUAUACCUGCUGAUCUCCAUUACAUGUUCCUUUAAUAUUAUUAAGUCUAUUAUAGUUUGAUAAGCAUGUUCGUGUAAGAUUAGUCAUUAGAUAUAUUAGGUUAAAAGAAAAACUGCUUUUGAUUACCAACUUCCUAUACUGGUAUAUUGAAAGAUUACAUUAUGAACUGUUUAAUGGUAAGUUCAUAGUUUAUUAUCAAUUUUAUUUUGCUAUAAUGUAAUUUGAGAAUCGAAUUGUGUAUCUUUUAAAAAAAAAGCGAACAUGUGCAAGUUGAUUUAAGUUCCGAACGAUGUGACCUAAAAUUGUAGUUAUAAAAUAUUAGGGCUCAUAUCAUAUUGUAAUACAUUUAAGAUAUAAAGGGUAAAGUUAAACUAGUACACUAGUUACAGUAGUUUGUCAAUCUUGAGUGUAUCUUAUGUGAUACUCAUAUAUUAUGUGUAUAGUAUUAAGUGAAUCAAUCUUUAGUUGUUUUCACUUUAACAACGUGUUUUGUUCAUUUUCUUUACUGAAAGCAUUAGUUUUGUACAUUUCCAUAUACGGUAUCGGAUUUUAUACAAUUCCUAAGUGUUGGAACCAACCUUGCGUAGUCUAUUUUUUUGAACAACUUGAAAGAUAUUCCUUUUAGAAUUAAAAAACAUAUAUACCUACUUGAUAUCCGCUUAUCAAGCUCUUUGAUUUAAUAUGUUAUACUAUGCAAUUUGCACUUUAUUUUACUUUUCCAUCUCGCCCCCUAAAAGUGACCCUCAUAUUAAAAUUUUUUAGAGUUUCAUAGUUUUCCGGAAAUCUUCAAGUAGAAAGCUAACUUUUGUAAUAUAAUUCAAAAUUUUUGAUUCCAUAGUUUUUGAGAUAGGGGGAAUGGCGAAAACAUUUAAUAUGCUCAGAUUUAAACAAACCAUUUCACGCUCUUUCAUUUGAUGUAUCACACGAUGCAGUUUGCAAAAGAUUUUUUUUUUCAACUUUUCAUCUUGCCCUCCAUAAGUAAGUCCAUAUUCAGACUUCAUCAUUUACGGUACACCUCUGCGUUCGGGUUACAGAAAUUCAUAUGUGUACCAAAUGUCAAAAUAGUUGGUCCAGCAAAUUAGACGGACAUUCGAAUGUGCGCGAGUGAUUUAAGGGUUCCGUUUUUGUACCUACGUACGUACGCUAGGACUUCGGAACCCUAAAAAGUAUUUAUAGCUGAGCCAUAUUCGACGUACGAGUAGACCACCAAUCAGGUGCAAGCAGGUGAACAACCAAUUGGAAACUUCAUAAUAAUAAUUUACUUUCAAUAAUUAUUCAAAGUAGUGCAAGCUGAAUAAGUGUUUGAAAUAAAUAAGUCGGUGUUAGAUAAAUUCAUGUCCUCGUAGUUAAUUAUUAUGUGUUGUAAAUAAAAUGAAGUUUCUGUGUAAAUUUUCUUUGUUUUAGUAUAAUUUCCUACUAAAUAUUUUUUAAGUAUCAAAAUCAAAAUUCAUUUAUUUCAAAUUUAAAUGCAUUUUUGUAACGUCAGUGUUGACUAUUUUAUCCAUUUUUUCAAAGUAGUGUAAGCUGAUUAAGUGCUUGAAAUAAAUUUAAAUUCAUGUACUCGUGGUUAAGUAGUAUGUGUUGUAAAUAAAACGAACUUUCUGUGUAAAUUUUCUUUGUUUUAGUAUAAUUUCCUACUAAAUACUUUUUAAGUAUCAUAAUCAAAAUUCACUUAUUUUAAGCAGGCUCAGUUUAAAAGCAUUUUUGAAAUUUCAGUUGACUAUUUUUUCCAUUUUUUUCAAAGUAGUGUAAGCUGAAUAAGUGUUUGAAAUAAAUAAGUCGGUGUUAGAUAAAUUCAUGUCCUCGUAGUUAAGUAUUAUGUGUUGUAAAUUAAAUGAACUUUCUGUGUAAAUUUUCUUUGUUUUAGUAUAAUUUCCUACUAAAUAUUUUUGAAGUAUCAAAAUCAAAAUUUAUUUAUUUCAAGUAGGCUUAGUUUAAAUGCAUUUUUGAAACGUCGGUGUUGACUAGUUUUUCCAUUUUUUCAAAGUAGUGCAAGCUGAUUAAAUGCUUGAAAUAAAUAAAAAUUCAUGUACUCGUAGUUAAUUAUUGUGUUGUAAAUGAAAUGAACUUUCUGUGUAAAAUUUCUUUGUUUUAGUAUAAUUUCCUACUAAAUACUUUUUAAGUAUCAUAAUCAAAAUUCACUUAUUUUAAGCAGGCUCAGUUUAAAAGCAUUUUUGAAACGUCAGUUGACUAUUUUUUCCAUUUUUUUCAAAGUAGUAAGCUGAUUAAGUGUUUGAAAUAAAUAAGUCGGUGUUAGAUAAAUUCAUGUCCUCGUAGUUAAGUAUUAUGUGUUGUAAAUAAAAUGAACUUUCUGUGUAAA